AUGAAUAUUUUACUUAGAAAUCUAACGUGGACAAAGGGAACACGGCUUAAUCAAUAUGUGUUAGCGGUUAUUUUGACAAUCCCCUUACUGAGUUUCGGAAUGGUGCAAGGAUGGCUGUCACCCAUGAUCUCAGUGCUGCAGUCUCCCGAGGGUCCAUCUCCGGAGCCUUACACCAGUACGGACAUAUCCUGGAUAGCAUCUGUGACGUAUAUAACUGCUAUAAUUUUUGGAGCACCCAUGGGCUGGCUCACGGAUAAAUAUGGGAGAAAAGCCAUGACUAUAGUCACGACUUUGUCACUUAUUAUAUACUGGCAGAUAAAGCUCCUAUGCCUGGAGCCCUGGGCGUUAAUCCUGGCGCGUGCUGUAGCCGGCAUACCUUGCUCGUCGUGUUACAUCGUCCUUCCAAUAUACAUAAAGGAAAUCAGUGAUAUCGACUUGCGAGGUGCAUUGGGCUCUUUACUCAUUUUGAACAGAAACAUUGGGUAUUUAAUAAGCUACGCGUGUGCUGAUCUACUGAGUGUGAAGACUGUGCUGUGGCUGGGAAUGCUGGUACCGACUGUGAUGUUCUUCAUAUUCUUGGCGAUGCCGGAAACACCAGAAUACCUGGUCAAGCAGGGUAAAAUUGAUGAAGCCAAAUCUGUUUUGGCGUGGUUACGCGGUGUCAGUCCAGUUGACAGAGCCAUCGAGCAAGAAGUUGAAGGCAUCGUGAGGAUUGAAAAACAGACGCAGGCGGACACCAAAUCUGUGUUUAAGAUUAUUUUACAAGAUAAACCAACCUUCAAAGCCUUCAUAAUCACUCUCGUGAUCAAAAUAACGCAGCAGUUCAAUGGGUACCUCAUAGUUCUCAUUUAUGCUGGCUACGUGUUUGAACGAGCCUCCGAGUCCAUUAGCCUCAAACUAAGUCCUAACAAGCAAGUCAUUAUGAUCGGAGUUGUGCAGCUUAUCGGUAGUAUCCUAGCGACAUCUCUUGUUGAGAGGACAGGCAGAAAGUUCCUAUUGGUAUCGACAUCAUUCGCUGUGGGAGUCGGCAUGCUAGCGUUAUCCGCAUGGUUCUACAUAACUUCUUGCGAUAUUUGGCUGCCAGGCUGGCUACCCGUGCUAGCUAUGUGUAUAUGCAUCUUUGCUGAUGCUGCGGGAUUCCAACCGAUCUCAUAUAUUAUUAUAACGGAUUUAUUUACUUUCCAGCUCCGUGGAACAGUAUCAGCCUUCGCCAACGUCUGCGCAAAAAUGAGCAACUUUGUCCAAACAAAAUGGUUCACCAUCAUUUCCAAUUUAAUCGGCAUCCACUGGGUUUUUCUAUACUUCGCUAUCGUCUGUUUCGUGGCCUGCUUCUACACUGUGGUCUCCUUCCCUGAGACUAGGCAGAAGAGUGUCGAAGAAAUUUACGCGAAGCUCUCUGGUAAAGCGAAGCAAGGUGAUACCAGGAUCGAGGCUGUGCCUUAG